AAAUAUCAGAGCAAAGCCCGACGGGUGAGUGAUCAUUUCAAUGAAGAUUCAUUCUUUACUAAUUUGUUUUUGUUUUGUUUCUCCCUGUCCCUCGUCCGGCUCCCGUCCUCACUCCGACAUUGUGACUCCAUUUUGUUUCAUUGUGUAUGAUUUGAUUCGUUGAACCUGCAUUUUGUUAAUGAUGAGACGGUGAUUGGUUCACUCGUGUUUGUGUUUUCAUUCCUUCCAUUAAUGUGUCUACACUAUGUGCUUUGACUGUUGUGUUCAUUCGGCUCAACUAACAAACGGUUGAAGUGGGCUUUCUUACCUAAUCUUGUACCUUACUCUGUGUAUUUACUAAUCUAUGACUUCAUUGGUGUGUGCGUAAUUUGCCUUUUGUAUAUGGUCGUCCUUGUUAUAUAAUAACUGUAUAUUACUAAUCUCUAACAUGUUAUUAUGUAACAACUGUUUGGUGUAUCAUAAAUAAUGACUGUCAUAAACUUACAAUAUAUAACAUACCGUGCAAUUACUAGGUUAACACUGAAUGUCAUUACAUUGUAACACGUGUCCGUUUGUGCUUUUAGUUUUAUACUUUUAUCUAACUUCGUCUAUAGGAAUUUAUGCUGUGGCUAAUGAACGGGUUUAAUACACCUAAUAUAACUCUAUAUAACUACCUAUUAACGUUUCGCUGCAGCUCCACUUUGGUCGGCUCCUGUAACACGAUAUUGACUAUGGGGAUUUGUAUAAAAUCGUAUGAACCAAUCGUCCGUGGGUGUCGCUAGCCGCGGUACGUUGUCGCGUCCCUCCCCUCCCCGCGCCGUCCCCUUAGCACAGCAGGGCGAGCUCAUAGAUCGCAUCGAGUACCAUGUCACGCAAGCCACCGACUACGUCGACUACGGCCGCGUCGAGAUACGCAAGGCCGGCGAGUACGCCGCCAAGGCGCGGAAGGUAAUGCUACACAUACAAACUAAACCACGGCUCAGCCGCCGCCUGUUACUAAACUGCGAAACCCUACAACGUUUCUACUACUGUACGGAUCUUGGGGGUGAGGCGCUACCUAACAGAGACUUGUCAAACAACUUUGGGCCACAUCUGUAACGUGCUGUCGACUGUCUACCACAACUGACUUACUUAUAUUAUAAUUUUCAUUUGCAUACUCAAACUAUAAUUGCAUAUUUUAAUCGACAACAAAUGUCCUAUUGAAAUUGCGUUUCUAAAGCAUGUUGCAUGAUGAAAGCCUCUAUUACUUUUUGAUCGAGAAUAUAGAUUCAAACUUCUGAAAGAAAUCAAACAUUUUCAUUAAAGUUAAAUACCAAAAUCCCCUCUAACUCAGGCAUAAGGAAAUUAUAAAGUUUGUUUUGCACUUUAUGCAUUUUGUAAACGAUGGAAUGUUAUGUGACUCAUACAUACGAGUUAUAUUUGUUUAUAAAAGUGACUGGCUGCACGGUUUGUGUUUAUAUUUGACUGAAUUAAAAUGAAAUAUAAACAGUCAUGUAAAACAGCUUUCGACGCAACUCAUUGUCAUGAUAUCAGAAUACGCUGAAAUUAUCAUUUUAUUAACUUUUCAAUUCCUAUAAAUGUUAAAAGAAAGAUGGGAAUUGGAAAGUCUGUUUCCUUCCUUCCACUAUGACUUUUUAUUAAUUUAAACAUUAUUGUUUCAACUUUUUGUGGCGAAGAAUAUUUAUGUGUAGUAAACAUGCAGUAAUAGUCAUUUUCGUGUGUAAAAACACUGAUAUUUAACAUGCAUUUAGGCCGCAUGAAACAUUAUGUAACGGAAUGAAGGAACUUGCAUUGCAUAAAUCUAGUUCACAGCUUACUGCCUCUUUUGUACCAUAGAGACUUGGUGUCGUAAACAAGGUCGAAUACAGUUGUUUUUUUUUAUUCGCAAGAAACCUUCAUGGUGUUUUUUAAUAAGUUCUGUUUAGCCUUCAUUACAACCAGCAUUGUUUUCAAUUUCAAGUUUAGAAUCAUGCCGUAUCCGGCCUUGUAUCGUGUUGGUGACGGCAUAUUAUGUGUGUAGUGUUGUCA